UGCACCUUUUGAUUGUUUCACUCAUCAGUCGAACAACCUCUUCCUCUUGUCUUUCCUCUUACCCCCCUCUAUCUAGUUCGCAUUUCAUUCUAGUCCUCACGAGGUCUCUGCGCGACAAAAGUUCCACCAUAAAAAUGAAGGCAUAUUGGUUUGACAAUUUGGAGGGCGAUCAACGCGAGAACCAUGACUCUGGUCGUGAGAUUGACCCAGCCUACCUAGCCAAACUAGGGGUUCUUUAUCACCACGCUCCCGAACUCGCGACCGUGGACGGCAUUGCCAAAGAGCGAGAAUAUAAACACCGUGAUGAGAUUACGGUCAGCCCAGAUGCCAUGGGUGCUAUCUACGAAGACAAAGUCAAGUCAUUCUUCCACGAACACUUACACGAAGAUGAAGAGAUCCGCUACAUUCGAGAUGGCGCAGGGUACUUUGACGUGCGCAGCGAAGGGGACGACUGGGUGCGAAUUCGGUUGGAGAAAGAUGAUUUGAUUAUUUUGCCUGCGGGCAUUUACCAUCGCUUCACAACCGAUGAGAAAAAUUAUAUCAAGGCAAUGCGAUUGUUCAAGGACGAGCCGAAAUGGACUCCGCUGAACCGUGGGCCCGAGACAGAUGCCAAUCAACAUCGCCUACAGUAUUUGGACAGGAAACAUUGAUUUGCUACCAGUCCUGAGGACACGAUUAUGAUGACUUGUUUGCUGGAGCUGAUUGGGCAUGAGUGACUGCGGGUCUAAGAUAGGUAUAUCAAAAGUCUAUGUCUAUCUAUACCAUUGGGCCCUACGAGAAUCCAUGGGGAUUAUAAGAAUUCCUAUUGUAGUACUGGGUAAAUGCAGACAACAUGAGUAUGUAGGAAUGAUGGUUGUUCUUGGC